UAAAUGAUCCUUAGCAUGAUGCAUUCGCAAGUAUUCGCACAAGAGCAAAGAAUCGAAUGUUUUCUAUGAUAUUAAAAUAAAAUUUUAUAAAGCAUAGUCUUUUUAAUACACAUAAAAGGUUUGGUAAAAAGAAGCUCUUAUUCUACCAUUGAGAACUAUUGAUGCUUAACGAUGUCUAAGUCUACGGAAAAUCAGGAUAUAAAUGAAGCCUUUGACAAUUUGUUACUUGGGGAGGAAAUAGCUGAGAGAUCAGGCUACGAAGAAGGUUUUAAACUUGGUCAGGCUCAACCUCACGAAGGAUAUCAUCUUGGUUAUCAUAGAGCAAGUUUACUCGCAGCACAGCUUGGAUUCUAUAGUGGAGUUUUGGAGUACUAUUUGAAAACGGAGUCUCUGAGUGAAAAAGCUACUAAGCUUGCAGAGAAACUCAGAAAAGAUAUUGAGAGCUUUCCGAUAAUCAAUGAUGACAGUGUAGACAUUUUAAAAACAUUAGACGACAUAAAAUUUGGAUAUACCAAAUUUUGCUCAUUGGCCAAAAUUAAUCCCUUGUAUCCUGAAGCUGAUCAGCUUGAUUUUUAAAAGAUUAUAUAUUAAAAAACAGUCUACAAUUAUGACUACAUACGAAGAGCACUUUUCAAAAGCCCUCAAUUUUAUUCAGACAUAUAAAUCAUUAGUUGAUUGUCACUUAGUUGACUUCAUAACACAGAAUUUGUGGGAAUCAUGCUUACCAGACUCACUGAGGCUUGAACUUGAAAUUCAUGGUCCUGAUAAUAAAUUUGGUACUAAAAUUGAUACUAAAGGAGAUUCCAAAUUAAAUGAAUUUUUUAAAUCCACAAAACUCCUUUCUCUGGAUGGUUGUCCUUUCAUUUAUGAGCUUAAAGACCUAUCAAGAUUUUUGUCCAGUAAUGCAUAUAACAGACAGGCAGAGAAUCAAUUAAAACAGACAAAGCUUAAUUUCAUGAAGAAUAAAAAAUGCCAUGAAGUUGAUGUAAUGGCCAAACUAGUGUCAAAGCUUUCACAUUCAGAUUCUGACAUUGUAAUCGAUGCAGGAGCUGGAAAAGGAUAUUUGUCGAUGCAUUUAUCAGAGAAUUUUGGAAUUCAAGUUCUUGCAAUAGACUCCUCGAGUGUAAAUCACAAAGGUGCAAUUCGCAGACAGGAAAUAAUUAAAAAGAAAACACAACGAAAUAUCUCGGUGCACUAUACUGUGGAACAUAUAAACGAUAAAACUAAUUUUGAAAGCUUAGUAAAAAUGCAUUAUCCUAGCUAUGAUCCACCAGGAAAUCUUAUUCUAACAGGACUGCAUACUUGCGGUUCCUUGGCGCAUUCCACCAUUAAAGCUUUUUUGGCAUCUGAUUCCAUAAAGAAACUUUGCAUAGUUUCUUGCUGCUAUCAUUUGACCAAAGAAUCUCUAACAGAGGAAUGCAACUUUACAAAAAAUGCCAGAAUGCUGGCACAACAGUCAGUUGAAAGACUUUCAAAAAAGGAUAAGCCAUUGUCAUCGUCGCUCUUCUACAGAGCAAUCCUGCAAGUGCUUCUAGAAUCUAUGGGACUUCGAGAUGUAAAAAUAGGGAGAGGUGCGCCGGCUGAUAAUUUUGAACAAUAUGCGAGAUGGGUUAUAGAGACUUGUGAAAAACGAGAGAUAAAGAUACCAUCUGUUGAGGCCCUCCGAGAAAUCUACGAAGAACAUGCAAAUUUGGAAUGGAAGAUUGAAGUCUUUCAAAUGCUCAGAGUACAUCUUGGCUCUGUCGUGGAAGCUGCACUUCUGCUGGACAGAAUAAUGUACCUCGAGAGAAGUAAAAGAUGUUCGAAAGUCGGCUUGUUUCGAUUAUUCGAUCCAGUGCUCUCUCCGAGAUGUUACGCAAUUAUUGCAAUAAAAUAGCACUUCGUUUAUAUAA